CUCUGCUUCUCCCCCUCCCGCCCCAGUCUUGUCAGUGACGGGAGACAUGGCUGACGUUUUGCAGUUUGUUCUGUAAUUUCCACUUUGUGCUCAUUUGAGGAAUUCAGGGCUGGCUUCAGCAGCCUGCUCUUUGACCAGGGAAAUGUUAACAUAUGAACACGAGAGGAAAUAAAUUUAAUUAUUUCUUCUCCCUUCCCCAAGAAUGUUCGGAAAUUUCUUAAGCCAUUUUUUUUUUAAAUUCAGCUCUAAUAUCCAGAACGAGUCCUGGCUGUUCUCUACAGAUUUUUUUUUCAAGUCGUUUUCCUUUCUGGAGAAGUCCAGCUUCUGGCCUGGGAAGUUUUGGAUCAUGGUGAUUCGCCCCCAGCAAAUGACGACCGCCUAACAGAAGGGUUCCCCACCAUCUGAGGCCCGGCCAUAGUACUGCGUGAUUGCACAGCAGCUCGCGAACCCCAGCCUGCACCCUGCCAGCCAUAAUGGGGACGGCUCAGGUUCUGCCCGGCAUCCUGCAGAAACAUUGCUGCAUCUUACCAGACAGGAACACAGAGUCUCAGUGUACCCUUUGUGGAGAGCCAGAAGAGGAAGAAGGAGGAGACUUGGCCCAGCCGGGCCUCAGCUUCCCGGGACCAGCAGAAGAAGACAUAGACCAACAGUACUCAUGGUCUCCAACGCAGCACUUCAAUGAGGAGAGGUACUCACCCGCACCCAGGAACAUGAAAGGUUUAACUGGAAGCCGGAACCAGCCUCAGCUAUGUGGGGGUCAUACCUGUGGCCUGUCACCCCCGGAUGACUGCGAGCACCCCCACGAUCACAUGCACCAUGGGCCAGAUGUGCGGCAACCUUAUCUUCUCAGCCCGGCUGAGAGCUGCCCAAUGGACCACCACCGUUGCUCGCCCAGGAGCUCCGUCCACUCAGAGUGCAUGAUGAUGCCUGUGAUGUUGGGCGACCAUGUGUCCAGUAGCACCUUCCCCAGAAUGCACUACAGUUCACACUACGACACGAGGGAUGAUUGCGCCAUGUCCCACACAAACACAAAGGUAAAUCGCAUCCCCGCUAACCUCUUGGACCAGUUUGAAAAACAACUACCCCUGCACCGGGAUGGUUUCCAUACGCUGCAGUACCAGAGGGCCUCAGCUGCCACAGAACAGAGAAAUGAGAGUCCAGGCAGAAUCCGGCAUCUGGUUCACUCUGUCCAGAAACUUUUUACCAAGUCUCAUUCUUUGGAGGGAUCAUCCAAGAGCAACAUCAAUGGGACCAAGAGCGACAGUCGGGUGGAUGACCACCACCACAGCCACCAUUCCAAACACAGCAAAAGGAGUAAAAGCAAGGAGCGAAAGCCAGAGAGCAAGCACAAGUCUGGUAUGAGCAGCUGGUGGAGCUCGGACGAUAACCUGGACAGUGACAGCACAUACCGGACACCCAGUGUGGCCAACCGCCACCACAUGGACCACAUCUCUCACUGCUACCCUGAGGCGUUGCAGAGCCCCUUUGGGGACCUCUCUCUAAAGACUUCCAAAAGCAACAGUGACGUUAAGUGCUCAGCCUGUGAAGGCUUGGCCCUGACGCCGGACACCAGGUACAUGAAACGUAGCUCUUGGUCCACCCUCACGGUGAGCCAGGCCAAGGAGGCCUACCGCAAGAGCUCCCUGAACUUGGACAAGCCCCUGGUCCACCCAGAGAUCAAGCCUUCCCUGCGGCCAUGCCACUACCUCCAGGUGCCUCAGGAUGACUGGGGUGCGUACCCCACAGGUGGCAAAGAGGAAGAGAUACCCUGCCGUAGGAUGAGAAGUGGCAGCUACAUCAAAGCCAUGGGUGAUGAGGAGAGUGGAGAGUCAGACUCCAGCCCCAAAACAUCUCCAAAGGUGACCCUCCGGCCAGAGCCCCUGCUGAAGUCCAUUGUACAAAGACCACUUGGAGACCACCAAACCCAGAGCUACCUGCAAGCUGCCAGUGAGGUGCCUGUUGGUCACAGCCUGGACCCAUCAAUCAACUACAACUCCCCGAAGUUCCGGUCCAGAAACCAGAGCUACAUGCGGGCCGUGAGCACCCUGAGCCAGGCCAGCUGUGUGAGCCAGAUGAGUGAAGCAGAAGUCAAUGGGCAGUUCGAGUCAGUGUGCGAAUCUGUCUUCAGUGAAGUUGAAUCUCAGGCCAUGGAUGCCCUUGACCUUCCUGGAUGUUUCCGGACAAGGAGUCACAGUUACCUUCGAGCCAUCCAAGCUGGUUACUCCCAAGACGAUGAAUGUAUUCCCGUGAUGACACCCUCCAACAUGACCUCAACCAUCAGGUCAACAGCAGCUGUCUCCUACACAAAUUACAAGAAGACGCCUCCUCCGGUGCCUCCACGGACCACCUCCAAGCCUCUGAUUUCCGUGACGGCCCAGAGCAGCACGGAAUCUACACAGGACGCCUACCAGGACAGCCGUGCCCAGAGGAUGUCCCCGUGGCCCCAAGAGAGCCGUGGGCUUUACAACUCCAUGGACAGUCUGGACAGCAACAAGGCCAUGAAUUUGGCCCUGGAAACAGCUGCAGCUCAGCGCCAUGCCGCUGACACUCAGGCUGGCUCCGCGAGGACCGGUGACAAGGCCAUCCUGGUGUCCAAGGCCGAAGAGCUCCUCAAAAGCCGCUGCUCCUCCAUCGGGGUUCAGGACUCUGAAUUCCCUGAUCAUCAACCCUACCCAAGGUCAGAUGUAGAAACAGCCACGGAUUCCGACACGGAGAGCAGAGGCCUUCGGGAGUACCACUCUGUUGGUGUGCAAGUAGAAGACGAAAAGCGGCAUGGUCGUUUCAAGCGCUCAAACAGUGUCACAGCAGCUGUACAGGCUGACCUGGAGCUGGAGGGCUUCCCUGGACACAUCACCAUGGAGGACAAGGGCCUGCAGUUCGGAUCCUCCUUCCAGCGGCAUUCGGAGCCCAGUACCCCGACCCAGUAUGGGGCGCUGAGGACUGUGCGGACGCAGGGCCUCUUCAGUUACAGGGAGGACUACAGGACACAGGUGGACACUGCCACUCUGCCUCCACCCGACCCCUGGCUGGAGCCGUCACUGGACACAGUGGAGACCGGGAGGAUGUCUCCAUGCCGGAGGGAUGGCUCGUGGUUCCUGAAACUGCUGCACACAGAGACGAAGAGGAUGGAAGGCUGGUGUAAGGAGAUGGAGAGAGAAGCGGAGGAGAACGACCUCUCUGAAGAAAUUCUAGGAAAGAUCAGGAGUGCCGUAGGAAGUGCUCAGCUGCUCAUGUCCCAGAAGUUCCAGCAGUUCUACUGGCUUUGUCAGCAGAAUAUGGACCCCAGCGCCAUGCCAAGGCCAACAUCGCAGGAUCUGGCUGGCUAUUGGGAUAUGCUGCAGCUGUCUGUGGAAGAUGUCAGCAUGAAGUUUGAUGAACUGCACCAGCUGAAGCUCACUGACUGGAAGAUAAUAGAAUCCCCCGAAAGAAAGGAAGAAAGGAAGAUCCCCCCUCCAAUACCAAAGAAGCCCCCCAAGGGGAAAUUCCCCAUCACAAGGGAAAAGUCCCUGGACCUGCCAGACCGACAGCGGCAAGAAGCUCGGCGCAGGCUCAUGGCAGCCAAGAGAGCCGCCUCCUUCCGCCAGAACUCUGCCACCGAGAGGGCAGACAGCAUUGAGAUCUACAUCCCCGAGGCCCAGACGCGGCUCUGAGGACCAGAGGCGGCCACACGCGCCCGGUUUUGUUCUUUUACACAAAAUGCUUGUACAGUUUAUUGCCUACCUGGUAGCUUCUGUCUCACCCUCCACCGGAUUCACCCUUGCCAUGUUCUCUGCACCGUGGACGGGGGACACUCUGACUCCUGGUUUGCUGAGCUCAUGGCAAGACUGACUCUGAAGGACGUUGGCUCCGAGGAACAGGCUUGGUGAGGCCUGACUUACCUCCCUGUUUGCAGGGGGCCGCCAAGUGGCCUCUUGAGAUGGAACCUAGCUUUCACUUUGUUAUUUAUAUUUUUAUAAAUUGUGCGAUAACUAGAGGUCACUACAAACGGGUGCAUCCCCCCACUCUCGGGAGGCAUUAGACGUCCAAGUGGAAGGUGCUGCAAUUGGAAGAGCAGGAAGGCAGACAGACCUGUUCCCUCUCAUCAGAGUGUCUCCCCGCAGCCGAGCUGCCUGAAGCCCCUGCUGCCCCUCAAGGGUCCUGCCGCCUCAGAAAGCACUUGGUUCCCUGGUUGACAACUGUGACCACAGAGAAGUGUCUCUCCGAGGUCCCCACCAUGUAGUUCUCCAAAAGGAAAUGACAAGGCUGAAACCCCCAAAAUAAUAUCUAACAUAGAAUCUUUAUAUUCAAAAACUAAGCUGAAUGUUCCUCUGAGAGAGGGAGCCAUGGAAAGGGCUGGCAGGAACCCGGAGAUUACAACGAGGAAAUAACUAAGAAAUAAGUCAUGGUAUUUUUAUCCCUUUGUAACUUAAACCAUUACCACACAGCAUUUUCUUAAACUUCACCGCUUAGGCUACAUGUACUUCUUAUGUAUGUUACAUGUGUUCUUGAACUGCUAUUACUUGACUUUCCAGGGUACCCUUAAAGGAGUUUGCUUGUUUAUGAUGACAGUUGUGAUGUAAACCAUAUAAGAAACAUGAAUGUGAGUGGUAAGUAUAGAAGUGAAAAUGGUAAAGAGGAAAAAAUAGUUUAUUACUUGUAUUUUUCCAGAAUUCUUUUGGUCCUAUGCAGUACUGCUGAAGUUGAGAAUAUAUUUCUUGCCUGUGUUAGACAUGAAAAGGGGGAGGGAGAAAGGGUCAUGCGUGGUGAUUUCCAGCUGUGGAACUUAAGAAAGGUUACUAUGAGUCAUGACUCUGAGGGUGCCGGGAGAGGAAAGGCCGGCUCUGAUUAGCAGGCUUUGUGCAGAUUGUAUUUACACGCUCCGAGUCAUUGUAACCAGCCUUCUGCACGGAAGUUCAGAUGACACACAGAGCCAACAGAUUGCCCGUGGCCCUGAUCUCAGAGUUCUUUGUCAUUCAUGUGCAGGCAGGGUUCCUUCCACACUCCUUCCCAGGCAGGUCUUCCCUCUUAACGCCAGAGGAGCGCCAUGCACUUAGCCUUAGGAGCAAAGCUUUUGACACCCCGUCGCACUUUGUGUUCUCCCAGUGACUCGCACUUUAAACUGUCCCCAGGGCCCCCUCUGCAGCCUGACCUCAUCGCUGGUCACUGCAUGGGUACCCAGCGAGGCAGCCUUUGCCGCUGGGAUGUUGCUAAGACAACACCGGCCUCUUCCUCAUCCUCUACAUUCCACUACGCAUGGGGGGGCAACGGUUGAUGUUACAGCAUGUCAAGCCUCAAAGUUUUACUUUUUUUUAAGCUGAGUAGUUAAGAAUUCCCUGUAAUAGCAAAACUCUAUAAAUUGAGCCUUGUAUCUGGUAUAUAUUUUACCAAACAGCCUUAAAAUAUAUUUGGAAGCAAAAAUCAUACGAAUGUAUAUCCUUUUAAAAAAUGCAAAAAAGUCCCCAAAAUAUUCUUCUAUCACUGAACCCCUAUUUCCCCAGAGUGUUCAAAGCAUUUUCUACCUAAAUAAAUAUGUAAAUCCUAAAUAGUGUACAAUAGUUAUGCUUCCUCCUGUAUUCAUGCCACUGUGUUUAAAAAUAUAUGUGUGUGUUGUAAGCACUGGUACUUCAGACUUUGAAAGUGAUGUAUCCUAGAGGAGCUCUCUGUAAGCAAUCAGAGGUUAGCAGGUCUGAUGUACAUCCCCCACCCCCAGCUAAAGGAAAUGGAGAAUGCAAACAUCCCUGCUGCCCUCACCCAUGAGUCUGUCUGGCAGCUGGCAGCCUUUCCUCUCAUUUCAUCAAAUGUACACAACAUACACAGAAACAAAUUGUAACAUUAGACAAUCAUUAUUGUCUUAAACUCCAAAUUCUAUGGACCCAACUUAAACAAAGUAUCCAUUAGAUUUUGGUUAAUUAUGUUGCCUAUAUUAGUUUUUUUCAUGAAGUUACCCAAAGUCUUAGCCUAAGCUUCCCCCAGCUGAGCAAAUCUUCCUUCCCUGAGUUGCAUGGUGGCCCCUCUUUGAAGUGGAAAAAAAAAAGCACCCCUGUCUGGUUCACUAGGUUCCAAAGAUUGUUAUUUAAUGACCGAACAAACACGUGCUGCUAGUUCUGAUGGAGUGUUAGCUGUUCGAGUCCCCUCGUUAAGUGCAAUACCUUCGGUUCUCAUGCGGGUGACACUCUGCUACGGACCAAGAAGAUAAGCCAUGUUUACACUGCAUCGUCCAAGCAAAGGCAAACAGCAUUGGUCAUGUAGGCACGCUGUUCCCUCCAGCACCUUUAUUUCAGUUGCUUUCAGGAGGGUCAUGGUGUGGAGUUCUCCUGUGGCCCUCUCCUCUGGUCCAAAACAUGACAUUAAUGAAAACCUGCCACAAGGACAUGGCUAUAACCCGGUGCCAUCCUUGUUAUCUCUAACAGCACACCUGUGUUCCUAGAGAUGCCAUCAACAACUGGAGAGACUUGUGUGUCUUCCUCUCAGAAUCCCUUCCUCACACCAUCAGGUUGUGGGCUGGGCUGGGCUGAGCCAUGGAGAGCAAUGGGAAAGAACUCACAGCGAGAGAGCAGAACCAGGAGAAAGAAUGCUCCUGAGGAAGUCUCCUUGGCGUGCGUCUCCAUUUGUUCCUGUUGCAAUUGUUUCCAUGUUUUUAUUCCCACCCCACCACCCCCUCCAGAAUGAUGUAGAAAGCAUCCAACUUGUUUUCAACCCAGAAAUCACCUCACUGAAAAGUAAAUGCCCACACUUUCAACUUCAAACCGCAUCUGAAGACUUCAAGCAUUUAAACAGGAAGUAGUUCCUUAGAAAAAAAAUUCAAAUUGCUUCUGACUGCCUCAGAAAAGAACACAAAACCACAAGCUGCAAAGAGGCCCUCUUCCAACCAGCCUUUACGGAAAUGUCCAAGUUGUGAUCAGAAUAACACAAAACGUACACAAUGCAUAUGAUGGAUCCUGUUUCUUGGGGUGUUCACCCCAUGUUGAUUUCUGCCUUUUGUUAGCAUAUUGAGCACUGUUUUUAACCACCCUAACCCUAUGUGUUCACUACACCACCCCAGCCCCAGGGCCCCAGGAUGAGAUUUCUGUGGAAAUAUGGUGGCAUUGUGGACACGUGGCCCACGUCCCUGUAGCAACUGUAGCUCCCUGCCUUAGAAACAGCUGUCUGGUUUGGGCCAAACCUUUUGUUUUGUUUUUUUUGUUUUGUUUUAAGACAUAGUCCCACCAUGUAUAGUACAGGCUAGCCUCAAAUUUUCAAGUGUUCCAUCUCUUUCUUCUGGGUACUGGGAUUAUAGACAUGUACCAUCACACCCAGCCAUGAUCCAGAACUUUGGGCGCAGAGAUGGGAUGACAUGAAAGAGACUUAGCAGUUGUCUCUGAGAUAAUCUGAUUUGAGCCAGCCUUUUCUGUGUCUCUGAAGAGCUGGAAGCCAGUCACCCUACAAAGGGCACACAGGCCAGGUUUCAGCUGCUUUCUCCCGAUGUGUCAGUCACCUUGCUCAGGAUUCCCUGACCACAGCUCUAGGAUGUCCCCAUGGACAGAAGCUGACAAGUGGUGGCUCAGAUAGACUCAGGCUGAUAAGUCAGCAGACCACACCCAUUGGUAGCAGAGGAUUCCCUCAAGUGUUGGAGCGGGAGCAGCAGGCCCCUGGGGGCCUGUAUCUGGCUUGAAGGAAGCUGGCUGUCUGGAGCAUACUGGAUGUGAGAGGACACAGAGGCCCCAUUCUCACCCCACCAGCUGCAGACUUGAAGACAUACCUUCCUAAGUCACCUCCUCACCCAACCACUUUCUCCUCCAAUCUUCAUAGGUCCCAAUCAUUCUUAUAGUUUUCAAACUGUGUUCGCUGAAGUUUUGAGGAGUUCCCGAUUUCUACCCACUCACCGUUUAUACUUCUAAGUAGGUUUGGAUCGAAACUGGGGUUCUAGAACCAGUAAACCGCAGGUUUAAGAGAUCAAGAAUGUAACUGCCUCUGAUUAGCAGUAGCCUCAGCUACAUCGAUGAGCAAUGAACUUUGCACUAACCCGCCCUGUUACUGCCCGUCCUGAACACACCGCAUCAGCUGAAGUCAUCCCUGACUCUUGGGUUGCAUGUGCCUCCCGUGUUGAGGGGAAAGGUGCAGCACACUGAAGCCAGUGAACCUCCCCGGUCAGGCUAGAUGCAGAAGUGGCUGCAGAGGUUUGAGAUGUCAAUGAGACGGUGCCAGCAGCCCUGAGGCCCAGCCAAGCUGCCAGAACUUAUGCAUGCAAUGACUAGUAACCUGUCUUCGCUCAGGUCCCCAUUUUCUCUUCCAUGUGGCAUUAGUGUUACUGUCCCUACCUCCCUCGCAGACAGACACAAUGUAAGGAUCUGGUGACAUACGGCCUCUGGUAUCCUGGAGCUUAGAGGUUUAUGGUGAAUGUCUAUUGUUUGGGAUUUGUGCUCUGGCUCUACUAUGUGUACCAUGGCCCAAUCUGUACAGGAAGCUGGCAGAGCCAGCCAGGGCACAAAGGCAGGGACAUUUGCUUUAGGGUCCUGCCCUGCCUAAGCAGGAGAUCAAACAAGACUGCAGAGGGACACAGAAACAGAACAGAAUCACCAGGGACUUCUUUUCCUGUGGGCUGUGACUGAAUUUCUAUACUCAUCCAUAACAAGAACCCAUACCACCCACCAAGAACUGGGUGAUUUUCUCACCAUCAUAUAAGCUCAGCUCCCUCCUAGAUGAAGUCAACAGAUGUUAUCUCUACAGGAAAGCAAUGAAGGAGCAAUUCUACCUGGAGAAUGGAAGAGUGAGAAUGUGAAGAGCACCAGAGUGGACUUGGCCCUGCAGCACAGUCGCUGCAGAGGUAUAGACGCUACCCCAAGUCCCCCCCAUUGCCAUCGUUCCCCUGCCCGCUGCAGAGACGAGUACACAGACACUCUAAGAAGAAGCCUUCCCAUCCUCACCACGCUGAAAAACACCACCACGUAGGAGUUGCUGUCCUAAUUCUGGUGUUUUGAUCCAAUGUUAAAAAAAAAUGACCCUGUUUCCAUCUUGACAGCUGACAGCUGACUCUGUUACAGAGGACGUAUUAGUUACCUACAAAACUACUACUUUUUAAAAGAUUUUGUAUACACACAAACCAAGGUAACAGUGGUUUACCUCCCAAUUUUCUUAGAUUUUAGGAGACUCUUAAUUCAUUGGUGCUUAUUCUGAAUUUGAAAGACUCGGGCUCCAAGACGUCCCAUGUGCGGAGCAAGACAAGAUGGUCACAGAGAAAGUUAUGGCAGGAUUCAUGAGCCCGUGUUUAUCUUCUGAGCAUCGGUCUCCAUGGGGGGACUUGGAUGGAAGCCAAGGCUGCUGGUGGGACCUUAGGAGGCCACGUGUCCAUAACCCCUACUUCUCCACUACCACCAACUCCAGCCAUCUCAGAAACUUGGUCACUUUCAAAGGGCUCCACAAGAAUUGUCACCCUCCCUCCAUUUUCAGUUGGUUUGCUGCAUUCAGGAAGGUUCCCCCUAUUGACCAUCAAGAACUGGGCUACUUAUUCCCAGUGAUACUCCAGUCACCUCUGGCCAGGUACCCUUCUGUAGAGACACAGCCCUCUUACCCACCCUCUGUACUAUGUGCCAAAAUACCCAGGUGUGGCCUAAGGACUGAGUUUAAUGCCUCCUAUAGGGAUUCAAGGAAUGCUAGAGCAGGAGACUAGCAAUUUAGUUCAAGGUUAAAAGUAUAUAAAUAUAUAUAUAAAUAUAUAUACAUAUAAAAUAAUACCCACGAUGAGGAUCGACAGAGUGCCAAAUAUUCAAACCUGUACAGACUUACAUUCGCCAGAACUAAACUAUUUUAUGUAAUUCUCGUACUCAUGGUUUUUGGGUUCUUUUGAUAAAGUCUACUUCCCAGCAUGCAGUAUCCUAUCUGAUGUAUUUCUCAUUGCCAACACAGUUUCGUCCUUCUCAUUAAUAAUUUGUUAGAAUGUUGGUCAUUAUUUUAAGUCAUUUUAAGAGAUUGCUUGUUUUGUUUUCAUUUUCUUUCUUCUGUGACUUUUUCUUUUUACUCUUAGGUGACUAUGGAAACAUUGUUGUCUGGAACUCUCCAAUGGUAGCACCUCUUUUGUUUGAUGUCUGUAUUGCCAAUGUUCACCUCUUAUAAAUAGUUCUGCAAUUAAAUUUUUUGAGAAAAGUAA